AAAAGGAAGACCUCCACAGUCAGGACGUCACUGCUCGGUUUCACUCCUGACUCGUCUCUUGGUCUGAAGGUGGAUGUAGAGGACUCGAUCACACUGCGCUUUAUCUUCAAAACACAUUCAAGACAUGAGUGGUGUCACAGUUUGGGCAGAGGAGGGGGACAUAGCUCAGGAGGAGGUGCGAUCUUCUCCGUCCUGGUCAGAGGAGCGGUGCGAGGAGCUCUGGGAUCGCGUGGAGGGCGUGCGGCACAAGCUCACGCGCAUCCUCAACCCGGCCAAACUCACCCCGUAUCUGCGCCAGUGCAAGGUCAUUGAUGAGCAGGAUGAAGACGAGGUGCUCAACUCCACACAGUACCCACUGCGCAUCAGCAAGGCCGGUCGUCUGCUGGACAUUCUGCGUGGUCAGGGCCAGCGAGGUCUUCAAGCCUUCAUGGAAUCACUGGAGUUUUACCACCCAGAGCAGUACACACAGCUGACCGGAGAACAGCCCACACAGCGAUGCUCCCUCAUACUGGAUGAGGAAGGUCCGGAGGGUCUGACCCAGUUUCUGCUCCUGGAGGUGCGUAAACUAAGGGAGCAGCUUCGAAACACCCGCAUGUGCGAGCGACGCCUGUCUCAGCGCUGCCGGGUAGCAGAGGAGGAGCGCAGCCGCGCCGAACGCAAAGCUCAGGAGUUACGUCAGGACAGACUGCAGCUAGAGAGGUUGCGUCAGGACGGGGAGUCGGCCAGUCGAGAGCUGGGCAAGCUGAAGGACCGGCACCUGGAGCAGGCGGUGAAGUACUCCAGGGCCCUGGAGGAGCAAGGCAAGGCCUCCGCCAAUGAGAGAGAACUACUGAGGCAGGUGGAGGAGCUGAAGUCCAGGUUGACAGAGGCAGACAAACAAACCAUGGAUACUCUAGGGAAUACCACACCAGCAAAAAGAAACAAUCUGCUCUCAAUUGGAGUAAAUGGUUCUCCGCCUGCUUUGACUGAAAAACCACUGCACCGUACUGAAGUUCAGAGAACUGAGAACACAGGAACUCAGAUGAGGGACACGGUUCCUGCUACUGGAGCCAUAGCUCUGAUGGACAUCCUGCAGCAGGACCGCAGAGAGGCUGCAGAGCAGAGGCAGGAGCACUGUGAUAUCAUCAGCAGACUACAGGGGGAGCUACAGAGCACUGAGGAGCACAGGGACAAGCUGGAGUCGCAGUGCGAGCAGCUGCAGCUGAAGGUGAGGACUCUCCAGCUGGACUGGGAGACUGAACAGAAGAGGAGCGUGUCUUAUUUCAACCAGAACAUGGAGCUGGAAAAGGAGAGAGACCAGGCUCUGCGCAGUCGAGACAGCCUGCAGUUGGAGUACACCGACUGCCUGCUGGAUAAGAACCGUCUGCGUAAACGCAUUGCGGAGCUGCAGGCCAACCUGGAGCAGCAGCAGAGGGAGCUGGAGAGAGAGAGGGAGAGGGACCGGGAGGAGAUGGAGCAGAGCAGCCCCUGUCUGCACUGUUCCCACCUGUCCCUGUGCAGUGAGGACCAGUGCUACGGACCCUGCUGUUCCCUCGGUCUGGACCUGAGACCGUGGGAUAAUAGCUCCCGCCCGCUGCUACGAAAGACGCCCUCGAGUGGCCAAGCCAAUGAAAACUCGGAGGAUUCUCGCUCCAACUCAGAGGAGAAUCUCCUCUCGCCAACAGAAGAAAACGAAAAAGAGAUAAAUCGGCUCUCCACGUUCCCCUUUCCUCCAUGUAUGAACUCCAUCAACAGAAGAUUCAACACAGAGUUUGACUUGGAGUCGUGGGGCAGUGAUGAGAAUGACAACAUUACAGGUGAGCACAGUGAACCUUCAUUGUGUGAUUCCUGGAACUCCCUUCACUCUUACCUUUUCCCCCCUGACCUGGUCAACCUGCCUGCAGUCUCUUCCCACCAGCCCAGUCCCAGUGUUCCCAGGAUACCCUCCCGCUCCCCGUCCUCAAGCCCCCCCGUCUCACCAAAGCGCGGCAGAGCCAGUCUAGCCGACGAUCUCACGAUAGUCGGUGGAAACCAAACAGGGAUCUUCGUCAGCCAUGUGAUGGCCGGUUCCCCGGCUGAACUAUGUGGACUGAAGGAGGGCAGUGAGCUGCUGGAGCUGGAGCGGGUUCUGUUUGGUGGGGGCAGUGUGCUGUUGGGCCAGUGCACUGCUGAGGUAGCCCACUUUUCUCUGCAGUGGUGGGCCGAGCCUUCAACACUCAAACACCAGAGCAACCCAGAGGCGUACUCCAAGCUGUGCUCCCAGCUCUCGUUGCCCACUUUUACGGGUGCUGACUCCUUCUAUGUGCGUGUCAAUCUCAACAUGGAGCCUCGUGGUGACCCGCCGUCUCUGGGUGUGUCCUGUGAUGACAUUAUACAUGUCACAGACACAAGAUACAAUGGAAAAUACCAUUGGCACUGUUCCCUGGUGGACCCACACACAGCCAAGUCCCUGCAGGCAGGAACCAUGCCCAACUACAACAGGGCACAACAGUUGUUACUUGUAAGGCUACGAAAAAUGGCCCUGGAGCAAAAGGACUUCAAGAGGAAGUUCUUGAAGAAAGCAUCUGGACGUGUACGAUUGGUCAAGGCGGUGGACCCCAGUUGCCGUGGGACUGGCUCCAUCCAGCCGGUCCUUUACACACUCAGCAAACGUCACGAGGAGCAUUUGAUCCCGUACAGUUUAGUGCAGCCGGUGCAGGUUCAGACUAAGCGGCCGGUCAUCUUCUCUCCCUCUCUCCUCUCCCGUCGUCUCAUAGAGAGGCUGCUGCAACCAGCGGAGUCUGGUUUGAAGUUCAACACCUGCCCACCAGAGCCUAUUCAGGCUUCAGAGAGACGAGACAAAAGGGUGUUCCUGUUGGAUUCCUGCAGUCCGGAGCAGGUUCUGGGAAUACGGCUGCAGUCUAUACAGGAUGUCAUCAGCCAGGAUAAGCACUGUCUGCUGGAGCUGGGGCUGCCCAGUGUUGAGGGCUUACUGAGACAGGGGAUUUACCCCAUCGUCAUCCAUAUCCGCCCUAAGAGCAAAAAGCACAAGAAGCUAAGGAAGUUCUUUCCACGGUGCGGAGAGGACAGCGUCAUGGAGGAGGUGUGCCAGGCCGAGGAGCUGCAGCUGGAGACGCUGCCCUUGCUCUACUACACCCUGGAGCCCAGCACCUGGAGCUGCACCGAUGAGCUGCUGGCAGCCAUACGCAACACCAUCCACAGCCAGCAGAGGGCGGUAGCAUGGAUCGAACUGGACAGGCUGCAGUAGAAGAGCGAUAUUCACAAUGCAAACUACUUACUAGAUUCUCUUGUGUUUGAAUAAAGAAUCUGGCAGCUGCCAGCAGGAACCAAACCACAACCAGGUUUCCAUAGAGGAUUAAAAAAUAGUGUUAGAUCAUCGUACUAUUCUAAGUGAAUGGGCCAAGAUCAAUUUUGGAUUUAUUUGUAAUCUAAAUUAUUCUAAAUAAUUCUCAUUUACAGUACAUAGCCAAGCUGGACUGGCUAUAAUGGGACUAUAUGGAAAACAUUUUAAAACUAAAACAGAUUUGACCCACACAAGGAAGGCCUUUUCCAUUCAGACAGCUUACUACACUUAAAGUUUUAUUACAUAACUGUACUUUCAAAGUAACGCUCAGGGGAUCACACAAGAUGCCCAUUUUAAAGGCAUUUGGGUCACUGGUCAUUCAGUUAUGUUGUGAGUGGAUAUGUAAGCUGUGAGGACACAAAGAUGAAUGAAAGGUAUGGGUGAAGGGGAUCGUAGUAUGUUGUAAGCAGGGAUGUAGUGAAGGGUGCAAAUCUGCUUAUCCACAUUUUGUAUUUGUCUUUUUGGUGCUGACAUAAUCUUUAAGAUGUAAAGCAAUUAUACAGAUCUUACUUAAAGGUAUCAAACUGAUAUAACUGUAGUUAUAUGAACACAUUUCUAGAUAUAUUUUUAAGUGGGCUGUGUAUGACUGAAAGGUGGCAAGUGUUGCAUUUGUAUUACACUACACUGUACAACAGAAGCUGUAGUUCACUAUGACAAAUGGUCUUGUUUUGUACUGCCAUAUCUUUUUUUUCUUUUGUAACCAGUUUAAAAAAAUAAAUUUAUACAAAAAGAAUAGUUUUUUACUUCACUUGUGUGCUCGAAUAUACAGUACAAUAGACUUGAUCUAAUUGUUGAUGUUUUUUUAUUGAAAUAUUACAACAGUGUGGCAGCUAGGAAACUAUAUUAGUAAUCUGAAAAGCAAAUAUAAUGUAGACAUUGUAAUGGAAAACAAAAAGAAAUCCACUUAACUAGACUAGACUAUAUUUUUUUAUUAAUUCCCAUUAUAUGUUCUCAUUAAAAGUGACAAAAAUGAUCUGCUUCUCUGGGGCAAAUUCCCCAAAAUACCUGCAAGUGUUAUCAUUAUUCCUGUUCACAGAGGAAGAAGAUUCUGAUCAAUCCAAUCAAAUCAAUGGAAUAAAUCAAUAAAUUGAGUCUAGUAAACUCUUAAAAAUCUGUUUUGAACAAUCAGGCUGACUUGUUUUAACUGUUUGUGACAAAAAAAAUAAAAACGUUUCAAGAUUUUUGUUACAAAAACUCAUGGUAAUAUACUGGGAGCUGUGUGGCUCAAUAUACAGUACAUAGUAUUUUGCUAGAUCUGUUUUUUUUUCCUUCUCUUCCUCCUUCUCUGUACAAUAGAUAGAAUACAGGAAAAAAAAAAAAAACUCCCUCAAAAAGCAUGAAAUUGUUUCUUCACUGCUUAAAAAAACUAGUUUGGGUUCUUGUGAAUUUCUUGUGAAACAACAAAAGACUUCACAAGAACCCAAACUAGAUUUUUUUGGCAGUGAAGAAACAAGUUCAUGCUUUUUGAGUUUUUUUUCCCCCCUGUAUUCUAUCUAUUGUACAGAGAAGGAGGAAGAUAA